AUGCAGAGGACAGACCGUGUGGGCUGCGUGGGCUUGGUGGAGGAGAAACGGGACUCCGGGCGCGACCCCAGCCCCACCCCGGCGCAGACCCCACCGCCCCCGGGCCUCUCCCAGGGUCCCCCCAGCGCCCCCCCCGACCCCCUCACCUGGCCUCUCCGGCCCCGCCUUCCGGAGAGGGCCUCGGCGGCGGUGGGGUCCCCCAUCGCCGGGCGGCUGGGGGUCGCGGGGGCCCCCACGGUGACGCCGCCGCCGCCACCUCGCGCUCCUGCGGCCGCGCCGCCGCGGCCCCGCGCCCCCCGCCCCCGGGGAGCCCCCCGCCCCCCAGUUCCGGCCGCGGCCGCGCCCCCCGCCCCCUCAGCCCGCAGCCGCCCGCGCCGCUGUCCCAGCCCCGGGCGCGCCUCCCCCGGCGGGCGGGCGGGCGGGGACCGUGACGCGCGCCCAUUGACGUCUCCGGAAUCCCGGCGGCGGCGGCCGACGCAGCCUCAUCAAUGGGGCUAA